AUGAAAAAUCACAUUAGAUAUUUGCCAGGUCUCUUUGCAAUUGUCUCCUUUACUCUUCUCUCCGGAGUGCUCCCGUUUGAUUGCGGUGCCCUCUUCAGUAAUCAAUGCCAGAAUAGCUCCUAUAAUAAAGAGUUGACGGGCCUUAUUUCAACAGCGUCACUUCUUUUCUCGAUGUCGCUCAUAUUUUGCUCCAUCAACAUCAUCAAGGUCUACAAAAUCCUUCAAGCUUGUGAAUUUUUAACUCUCGGAUCGGGAACAGUGCUUAUGGUCGCUGCUGUGGGUCAAAUUUUUCAUGGAAAAGAUAUGUUAGUUGCGGUUAUGGCAACAAUCUCAAUGGCAAUGAGUUGUGAACUUGUAAUCUUUAUUUCAUUCGAUCAUUUAAUCAAUCACUUUUUGUAG